AUGUGUGGGCCUCCACCGCUUUUUCCAACCCAUUCCCCUCCCCACUGCCUUCUCUCCUCGUCACUCUCGCCACUCCCCACUCCAAUCUCCAUCACCGCGCGGGACCUCGCCGACCGCCUCCGCUUCGCCGAGGUUGGUGGGGGAGGCCGGUUCCUGUUGCUGUUUCCAGAGACGACGACGGCGGGAAGCAGAGACUGCGCCUCAAGGUCUCCAACCGCCGAGCUGGAGAGUUGGUUGGGCGCGCGCGACGGCAGGCCGGGAGUCGACACCUCGCCGUCCGCCUCCACAUCAUCGAGGUUGGAGGGGGAGGCCGGGGACCAGCUGGUCGUCGUUGACGACGGGCAUAUUCGUGGUGCCCUAGCGCAUCUGCAGCUUCGCCGAUCUGCAUCACGCGCCGGAUCCGAUGGCCAUGGAACGGCAGCUCGCGCGCCUCCGCCUCUGUCUAUAGUCGGCAAUCCUGUUGUUGGUCGCUCGCAUCGUCGGCGUGAGGAGCGGGGAUCCUGGCUCGCCAGCGUUAGGCACGACAUCCUGUCAAUGGAGGCUUGCAACACGCCUGGCGCGAGCAUCGUGGUAGCGGGUCGGUGCUCCCGCCUGCGUGCUCCAUGCCGUUCAUGCUCCAACCAGCCCAAAGACACGGAUCUAGUGCAGCUCCACGGCGGCGUAUCAGCGGCGGGCUGCUAGGCGAGUGAGUUCCAUGACUCCAUCCAUCAUUUGUUUCCAGCGACUAGCAGAGGUGGCAGUUAUGGCUCUGGGGAGAGCGUGGGUAGCGGACUGUUCGUGUUAGCCAAUCCUUUGGUGUGUGGUAGAGCAGUAGCAUGACAUUUUUCUGAUAAAUCACACUUUCUAGAUGUCUAGGUCCUCCGACUCACAAACAUGGCAAAUUCUAUCAUAUGUGUGUGGCAACUUACAUCCACUGAGCCAUGGUUACUUUUUAUGUCAUUUUUGCCAUGUUUCAUCACAACUAUCCUUUUGAAAUUACUCCCACAACAUUAAAACUGUAUGAAAAUGGCAACCAUGAUUAAGCUCAGAUGUUGUUCAUCAAUUUCCAUGGCUACAAUCGUUAAGCUUAGAUGAUGUCUAUCUCUACUUUUUUUUGGCAUUUUUAUUUAUACUGACAAUGGCAAAUUAUUUUUUCACCGACCAUGCGAAAUUCACAAAUGGCCAGACGGCAAUAUGACCAUGCGUAGUUUUUCAGUGCUUCUUUUUUCAGUGAAAACUGAAAUGCUAUACAUUGUAAUAUGCUUUGACAUUGCAAUUUUAUUGGAUUUAGCACGG